AUGCUCUCCUCUGCGUUUGUUGGCGCAAUUGUCCUCUGCGGCGCCGUCUCCGCCGCCGUGGCCGCGCCGCCCGCCCCAGCCAUUACCCCGGCAGCCGUGCUGCAGCGUCGCGACCCGGCCGGCGAGCUGGACCCCUGGGUCAGCGUCAACGAGGAUCCCUCGGCCACGACAUACACACCCCAGUGGACGACGGACGGCGAGGGCAAGUCGAGUCUCAAGGACGCCGCCCCAUCGAGCCUCACUGGCUCCGUCUUCUCCUUCACCACCCUCGGCGAGCCCACGACGACGACGGGCGACCCUCCCAACCCGACGGCCAGCAACAAUAAAGGCACGGGCGCCUUUUCGCUCUGCUCCAAAAAGGACAGCAGUACCGAGCCCUUUUGCCGUCCAAGAGUCAACUCGACCCUCGAGCCCGGCAACGUCUACUACCUAACUUGGGAUCCCGAGCACUACGCGAGCAAGCUCAACGAGUCGUACACCCUCACCGUCCAGGUCAAGCAGCAGAACCGCACCACCAAGGAAUGGGUCUUUCUCUCCGACUUUGACCACACCCAGGUACCCGCCAAGCAGGGCUAUUUCCCCUUUGACGUCAGCGACAAGCUCCUCGACGGCCACGACAGCAACAACAUCACCGUCACCCUGCAGCGCCGCAUGAACAGCACCAUUGGCGACCCGGACGACGUCACCACCGCCUACCCGCUCAGAAUUGUCAAGUUCAAGUUCCCGGCCAAGGCGCCCAACAACGGCGCCACUGGCCGCUCCCUCACCAUUGCCCUACCCGUCGUCUUUGGCACCAUCUUGCUGCUCGUCGUCGGCCUCUGCCUCUGGAACCGCAAGACGCGCCGCAUCCACCUCGGCGACAUUGUUUCCCGCAAGAGCAAGCGCGGCUACUCGGGCCGCGCCGAGCGCCGUCGUCGCAUGUUUGGCUCCGCCGCCGCCACCGAUGCCGAUCACGACAUUCAGCUCGGCAACGGCUUUCCCGACGACGGCCACGCAUACUACGAUGAUGCUCCUGCGGCGCACAGUGGCAAUCGACGCCGUGCCGACAGCGAUGGUCUCGACAGCUUGGCCGCCUCGCCCGUGCACGAGAGCUUUCAGCAGCAGAAUAUUACGGGUGGUCGCAACGCGUUCCGUGACGAAAUGGACCGUCAGAACUACGAGCGCAGCGGUCCUUUGUAA